UAUACCUGAGUCUGUGCCGACAGCUGACUCUUAAAAAUGAAUGGGACACCGCCCCCUCCUCCGCUUGACCGAGAGGAGCAUGGAUUAAGGCUCGGAGAAAGCUUCGAAAAAAGGCCGCGCUCCUCCUUCCACACAGUACGCUAUGACUUCAAGCCAGCAUCCAUAGAUACUUCCUGUGAAGGAGAACUGCAAGUUGGGAAAGGGGAUGAAGUAACAAUAACUUUACCUCACAUCCCAGGUUCAACUCCACCAAUGACUGUGUUCAAAGGAAACAAGAGGCCUUACCAGAAGGAUUGUGUGCUUAUUAUUAACCAUGACACGGGGGAGUAUGUGCUGGAAAAACUGAGUAGUAGCAUACAAGUCAAGAAAACCAGAGCGGAGGGUAGUAGCAAGAUACAAGCUCGUAUUGAACAGCAGUCCGCACGUUCCUCUCAGCCCACGUCUCAGUUUAAAGCUCCAUCUAAACUAUCUGCUGGACCAAAAAUGUCUCCUCUGAAAGACCAUCCUUCUCCUGAGCCACAGCUUGAUGACAUUAAAAGAGAGCUGAGAGCAGAGGUGGAGAUAAUUGAGCAGAUGAGCAGCAGCAGUGGCAGCAGCUCCUCUGACUCUGGAAGCUCAUCUGGGAGUGAUGAUGACAGCUCCAGCAGCAAUGGAGAAGAUGACAUUCAAGCAUCCCCCUCUCAGCAGCCAGCCCAGCAGUAUAGCAACAGGGCACCUAUUUCCAACGGUACCGGCAGGCCCCAGGGAAACAAUCAGCUAAUGAACACACUCAGAAAUGAUCUGCAGUUAAGCGAAUCGGGCAGUGACAGCGAUGACUGAAAAUGUGGACCUUUUAAAUAUAUUUUUUUUUAGCCAAUGUAUAUAAAAGCACAGUGCACUCAGAUCUACCACUGGUGAAGCGGAAUUGGGAAUGAGGUGCCUGCAGUAAUACAUUGACGCCUUGCUAACAUGCACUUCAAUAACAUGCAAUCUUUAAUGGACAUCUAAACAAAGCUAUUGAACUGUAGAUAUUCUGUGAUCAUUGCAGUCUAUAAUUCCAGCUUACACCAAACACAGUACAGUAGUAGCAUGUAUAUCCAUAAUUUAACAUACAGCAUAACAACAUGUUAAUGAUAAAGGAAAUCAGUUUCUUCAUGCAGUUUUAUAGAAAUGAAUUCAAGUAGGUUUUCUUUAUACAGUCUAGUGAUUACUAAGCAUGCUCUAUAUCUUUAAAUUACAAUGUUAAUGUGUCUGUUUAAUAAACAUAGACAUUUGUAUAGCAUUCUAGGAAGAAAGUCCAGUAAACUACAAGGUUGAUGUUUUCAUAAAACUUCAAGAGAGCAUGUUUGUAUUUUAAGACCUGCAGCAACUAAACUUAACUCCAAGUAGACCUGAUUCUCAAAUAUGCAAAGUCUGCCAGUUAAUUUGUGGGGGGGGGGGUGUUGUCUACUGGUUACCUAAGAUUUUUUUUUUACUUCUUGUAUAAUUUAGUUUACCACCCUCUCAAAGAUUUUCCCAAAUUAAGCUUGUGGCAGAAUAAAUAUUAACCAUUCAUCUAACAUACCUUCAUUGAUAAAAGAAAAUCUUAUGAAAAUAACAGUACAUUUAUAUUAACCCCAUACUUUAUUGUUAAAAUAAUAAGUCAAGCUUUUAAAAUGCAGAAAUUGUCAGCAUUACUUAAGCCUUAAGUAUGAAUAUCCUUCUGUGGAACUUAUGAUAGUAUCAUAUAUCAGUAUAAUACACGUGUAACUUAUGCUUAUAGUUAGUAGUACAUGUAUGUGCUGAUGCAGGAGGUAGCACAAUUUAAAAACACUUGUCACAAAAUAUAUCUACCAAACAAAAAAAAUCAUACAUAUUAAGAGAGGAUUUGUCUUUAUUUUCAGCUUUCUGGUGUCUCUAAGUGUGCUCUGUGUUAUUGUAUAUCUCACUAAUAUGUUGCAUGUGGCGUGUCUAUCUGCACAACACACUGUAUAUGUGUCAGUAUCAUAGAAUACACACGUGUGUGUGACCACUGUAGGCUUUGUUCAGUAUCUGAGUCUAGUCAGCAAUCUAGUGCUUAUGAAACAGACCUUAAAGGGACAGUAUACACUCAUUUUCAUAUAACUGCAUGUAAUAGACACUACUAUAAAGAACAAGAUGCACAGAUACUGAUAUAAAAAUCCAGUAUAAAACUGUUUAAAAACUUACUUAGAAUCUCACAGUUUAGCUCUGUUGAAAAGGUAGUUGGAAAGCCCCGUUUGCAUAUGAAAAGACCCUUUACACAAACAGGAGCAAGCUGGAGAAGAGAGCUGACGGUAUUCACAUAAAACUUUGGGGCUUGGUUAGGAGUCUGAAAAUCAGAGCAAUGUUAUUUAAAAAUAAGCAAAACUAUACAUUUUUUUUAAAAAAAAACAACUUUAUGGGCUAUAUAAAUAGAUCAUCUGCAAAACAUUUAUGCAAAGAAAAAAUGAGUGUAUAAUGUUCCUUUAACAGUGAGUUCUGUAAAGGUAGAUACAGGUGCAUGAGGCCAGUAUAUGUAGGUAUAUGACUGCAUUUCAAUUGUGUAGAAUUGCAGUUUGUUUUGCUAAUUUUCAUGUUUCUAUGUACAAACAUUUUUGGUUAUUUUAUUUAUUUCUACUAUGUUAGAAGCGCUUUUGUACAGUUUAAAGUGGUAGGAUAGGAUAACAGCACUUUACCGUGAAGCUUAAUAGGAAGCGUACUAAGUGGGUUCAGCUCAGCAUUUUUUAUUUCCUUGGUUGUGUAGUGCUCUUGUUUACACCCCUAUUUAUAUUUUGAAAGCAUUUUAUCUAUACCAUAUCAAUUUCUGUAAAAUAGGUUUCUGUAAAUGUGGUUUGUAAUUGUAAAUUGUAAUCAUUUUUAAUUCUCAAGUAAAUAGAUCAUUAAAACAUUUUGAAAGGGGCAUAACUCUCGUGUUUUUAGUAUGUAUGAAGAUAAGCAUGGUUUUAUUGUUUUAUUCUAUUUUUUUAAGUCUGUAAAUAUUAAAGGGACAGUAAAUACAUGGAGAUUUAUUUUACCCAUUUCCUUCUCAUUUGGGUCUGAAAAUUGUGGAUUUUCCUUUUCUCAGAACUGGAAAUGCACAUUGCAAACUUCUUAAGGCUUGCCUUGCUAUAUAUAUUUCCCUAAUUGGCUUUAGCAGAUAAAAAAUGCAAAACAAUACACUUUAUGCUAACAUAGUGAUUGUAGCUAGUCUUGUUGUCUGCAGAAGCAAGUCCAGAUUGGCACCUCCAAAUAAGGCAAUUAAAGUAAAUAACUGAAGUAAACGGGACAUUAAUGUCUCAUAUUUACUGUUCCAUUAAAGGGCCAUUAUAUUUGAAAAAUGGCAUGCUCUAAUUCCUUAGAGCAUGUAAAUUUAUAACUAGUGACCCUGCACCCCUGUACAUUUAGCUCCCAGAAAGGGGUUUUAGAAGUACCUCUCAGAAUUUGCAGAAAACUACAGGUACCGAGGGGGAAAUUGACGCUGAUCCAGUCAGCAGCACUAUUCACACGCCCUAGCUAUGUAACUAGCGCUGCUGAUGUAUCAGUGGCUGUUUCCGCUUGAGCCUGCAGUACUUCUUUUAACCUCUCUUUAUGGGGGUUAAACACAUAGAGGUGCAGGAUCACUAGUCUUAAUAUUAGUGCUCUCUCAAAUUAGAGUAUGCAUUUUUAAAACUAUAAUGGUCCUUUUAAGUGCUUGUGUUAUACCUGAGUAAAAGUAUCUUUUGAAAACCCUAGAAAGUCCUUCUGUUAAAUCCAUAUGGUCCUAUUCAAGCAGUCACUUACACAAUUCACAGCAAACCAGUUGAAUUUAAAACAGAUAUCAGUAAUUCUAGACGAUCUUGUAAAAUUACAAACCAUUUCACUAAAUACACACUUCAUACUAAUUAAUUGCUUAUGAUUUUCCUUUACACACACUUAUUACACAGUUUUGAACCAUAGCCACAAUGUGUAGAAUAAGAUAAACAAGCAUUAAUUGUUUAAUUUCAUCUCCAGACCCACAUAAUAUUUAAUAGUGUGUAAUAGCCUUUUGUAUGACUUUAAUAAACACAUGUCCAGGCCCAGAUUGAGCACCAGGCAUCCCAGGCAAAUGCCGGUGGGCUUGGGGCCGGUUACUUUAGCACCGCAGCACAACAAAAAAAUAGCCCUUCUUUGGAAGUCGGUCCGGCCCUGAAGAUACAUAUCCUUCCACGCCUGCCUCCUCUCUCUCCCUCAAGAGAGAGGAAUCUGACUUUCACCUUCCUGCAGGUUGCAGCUGCCAUUCUUAGGCCCGGCACCAGCCAAGCACCAUGGUAAUGCCCCAUGGUAACUAAAAUUAUUUGAGAUAUUCAUGUUCACAGUAAAGCAUUUUACUUGUUACUGGAAUAAAUUUAGAAAAACCUCAAAGCAAUAAUAAGAGUGAAUGUGGCAGCACAAUAAUCGCCAUAGCAAAAACAUCACAAGACUAGGGGGCCUAUUUGACAAGGUGCGGACGGACAAGAUCCGAUAUUGUGGAUCAUGUACGUCGCAAAUCGAUAAAUGCCGACAGCGUACGCUGUCAGCAUUUAUCAUUGCACCAGCAGUUCUUGUGAACUGCUGGUGCAAUGCCGCCCCUUGCAGAUUUGCGGCCAAUCUGCCACUAGCAAGGGGUGUCAAUCAACCUGAUCGUAUUGGAUCGGGUUGAUUUCUUGCAAGUUCUGUCCGCCUCCUCAGAGCAGAUAAACAGGUUAUGGAGUAGCGGUCUUUAGAACAUGAUAAAUAUGCCCCCAAAGUGGUACGCAGCCUCUAGACACGCGUGCAGAAGCUUUGGUUCCUUUCCUGACAAGUGCAUUAAAUUUACAAAAGAACAAUUAUAUAAUUAGAAUGUAAUUAUAAUUAAUGAAAUAAAAUAUUGAAUAGAAAGAAGAUUAAUAUAUUUGCCACAUAUAACAACCUCAAUCAUACGAAGUAAGUAUAUCACUUCAGAGAAAUUAUCCAACCUGUCAUUUUUCUUUGUCAGUCUGGGUCUUGUGCCUUCUUGGUAGCCGGACCGGCCCUGAAUAUACAUAUUCCUCUGUGCAUGCAUAUGAGUGUGUUUAUAUUUGUAGUGUGCAUGCAUAUGAGUGUGUGUAUGUGUAGUGUGCAUACAUAUGAGUGUGUUUAUAUAUGUAGUGGGCAUGCAUGAGUGUGUGUAUGUGUGGUCUGCAUGCAUAUGAGUGUAUAUAUGUCUAUUGUGCCUGCAUAUGAGUGUGUUUUAUAUGUGUAGUGUGCUUGCAUAUGAGUGUGUUUAUAUGUGUAGUGUGCAUGCAUAUGAGUGUUUGUAUGUGGGUGUGUGGUGUGCGUGCAUAUGAAUGUGUGCAUGUGGUGUGCAUGCAUAUGAGUUUGUAUAUGUGUAGUGUAUGUGUGGCGUGUGUGCAUAUUAGUGUGUGUAUGUGUGGCAUGCAUGCAUAUGAGUGUGUAUGUGUGAAGUGCGUGUAUGUGGGGUGUGAAUACAUAUGUGUAUGUGUGGUGUGUGUGUGUGCAUAUGAGUGUGUGUGUACAUAUUAUUGUAUGUAUGUGGGAGUAUGUGUGGCUUGCGUGCAUAUGAGUGGGGGUGGUUUGCUUUGCCUUAAAAUUCCAAGGCCUAUUUUUGGUUCCAGUCCAGCCCUGACACAUAAUUCCCACAUACUGCAGUUCAAGGGGGAUAUUUAUCAAAGGUCUGGCGGACCUGAUCCGACAGUGCGGAUCAGGUCCGUCAUACCUCGCUGAAUGCAGAGAGCAAUACGCUCUCCGUAUUCAGCAGCUCACAAGAGCUGCUGGUGCAACGCCGCCCCCUGCAGAUUCACGGCCGAAUAGGGGGUGUCAAUCAACCCGAUUGUACUCGAUCGGGUUGAAUUGUGACAAUGUCUGUCCGCCUCCUCAGAGCAGGCGGACAGGGUUAUGGAGCAGCUGUCUUUAGACCGCUGCUUCAUAACUGCUGUUUCUGGCGAGCCUGCAGGCUCGCCAUAAACACGGGCCCUCAAGCUCCAUCUGGAGCUUGAUAAAUAUGCCCCCAAGGGUAAACUCUGCAUUUGCUUAUUAUGAUUGGCUGUUUAAGGAUUUUCAAAGAUGCCUUUACUCAGAAAUUCCAGAUUAUUUACUUUACAAUACUUAUUUUAUGAAAAUAAAUGUUUUCAUAUUGAGAAGUCACUGUGUAACUCAUAUGUUGUUUGUAUGAUGCAAAAAAAUGAGGACCCUUUGAUUUGUGACAAGCUUGUAAAAAAAAAAAAACAAGAGGUAAUUUAAUUUGUCUAAAUAGAUAUAUUUUUGCUAUAUUCUUGUUAAUUAACAUUAUUUUUUCUGUUUCAUUGUUGGAACAUACUAACGACAUGUGACUUUUUGUCAAAGUCAAAAUCGUCAUGUACAAUGUUUUGUAAAUUUUAUUUAAUCUGUUGUUGUUUUUUUUUUUAUUUCUUGCUAUAAUAUUUCCUAGGAAGUUUCUGUAAUCUCCUGUAUAGCCUAUAAAAUCUAAUACAAAGAGGUUUCUUCAGUGUUUGCGGUUUUUGUGUGUUUAUUUUAUUUAAUUUCUAAAUAAAUCCACUUUACAUUUGUCAA